UUUUUCUUUGUCAAUCAAUCUACAUGUUACGAUAUAUAUAAUGUUUUUUCUGCUUACUUUAUCUGCCCAAUUCGUUGCCUGACAAUGGGUAUAUUUUGGAAUUAGAAAUAAACAUAUACACGGGAUCAAGUUUAUCUUUUUUCCUCUGGGUGGGUUCUGAAAUUUGUCUGCAGCUAUUUUGUGUUUGACCAAUUGGAUAAUCUUAUUUGCUUUAAAGUUGCAUUUUGGUUUUCCAGCUAAUCUUACUGUGUCUUGUGCAAUUAGGCUUUAAUUUGAGAAACCCAUCUGAGUCUCCUUUUAGUUAUUGUUGCAUUGAGCAAUGAACAAGUAUUUGGCAUCUUAAAUUUUUUCAUUUUGCGGGGAGCCGUUGUACUGUGACUUUUUUUAUUGAUGAUUUGGCAUUUGCCUUUUCACAAGCUUGAGCAGGUAGUUGGACCAUAGAGUUUGUUCGAGAUGAGGCAGAGGCGUGAAACUGCUUCAGCUGCAUCUAAAGGGUCAAUCGGUGGAGAAGCAAGUGAAGAGUCCAGUCAUGGCGGUGAAAGCCGAACCACUGUUCAUAUUGGAAAUCCAAGGAGGUCUUCAUUUGUGUGGCUGGCCUUGUUGCUGAUCAUCAUUUAUUGCUGUUCAUCCAUUUACCAUUAUCAGUUUCAGAGCAUGCCCGUGCCUCUUACAGCAGAUGAGGCUGGCAAGAGGGGAUUUUCGGAGAUCGAAGCAUUCAAGCAUGUCAAGGCCUUAACUGAGGUGGGGCCUCAUCCAGUUGGUUCUGAAGCUCUGCAUCUUGCUGUGCAGUACGUUUUGACAGCAUGUCAAAGUAUUAAGAAAACAGCUCUCUGGGAGGUAGAUGUUGAAGUGGAUAUUUUUCAUGCAAAGUCUGGUGCAAAUGAUCUAGCCAGUGGCUUGCUUUCAGGGAGAACACUUGUUUAUUCAGAUCUGAACUAUGUCGUAUUAAGAAUCUUGCCGAAAUAUGUAUCUGAAGCAAGAGAGGAAUCUAUUCUGGUCUCUUCUCAUAUUGAUACUGUUUUUUCAACAGCAGGGGCCGGAGACUGCAGUUCAUGUGUAGGUGUUAUGCUGGAACUUGCUCGUGGGGUUUCUCAAUGGGCUCAUGGGUUGAAGAGAGCUGUUAUAUUCUUAUUUAAUACAGGUGAGGAGGAGGGUCUUAAUGGUGCUCAUAGCUUCAUAACUCAGCAUCCUUGGAGCAAAACUGUUCGAAUGGCUAUUGAUUUGGAGGCCAUGGGCAUUGGAGGGAAGUCUAGCAUUUUCCAGGCUGGACCUCAUCCUUGGGCUAUUGAGAAUUAUGCUUUAGUAGCAAAAUACCCAUCUGCUCAAGUUAUGGCACAGGAUGUGUUUGCUUCUGGGGCUAUAAAAUCUGCAACUGAUUUCCAAGUGUACAAAGAGGUUGCUGGCCUUUCUGGGCUUGAUUUUGCAUAUGUAGAUAACACUGCUGUAUAUCAUACCAAGAAUGAUAAAUUAGAGCUUUUGAAGACUGGAUCUCUUCAACAUCUGGGGGAAAAUAUGCUUGCUUUCUUGCUUCAUAUUGGGGCGUCUUCUCAUAUUCCAGAAGGCAAUUCAACUGAAGCAGAGGAGGAUAUAAGAAAGAACAGUGCCAUAUAUUUUGACAUUUUGGGAAUGUAUAUGGUUGUAUACCGUCAAAAGUUCGCUAAUAUGCUCCAUAAUUCAGUGAUAUUGCAGUCAAUUCUAAUUUGGAUUACAUCCUUAAUUAUGGGUGGUAUACCAGCUGCAGUUUCGUUGACUUUGUCGUUUUUGAGUGUUCUCCUCAUGUGGGUGUUUGCCUUAAGUUUCUCCUUCCUUGUUGCAUUUCUCCUUCCUUUCAUAUCUUCAUCACCAGUACCAUAUGUUUCAAGCCCAUUAUUGGUGGUUGGAUUAUUUGGUGCACCAGCUUUUCUCGGAGCAUUGAUUGGUCAACAUUUGGGUUUUCUUCUACUUCAAAAAUAUCUUCUGAAUGCACACUCAAAGAGAAGGCAAUUGCCCCCCAUUAUUAAAGCUGCUGUUGUCAAGAUGGAGGCUGAAAGAUGGCUCUUUAAAGCUGGAUCAUUUCAAUGGCUUAUACUUCUCAUUUUGGGAAACUAUUUUAAAAUUGGCUCUUCUUACGUGGCUCUUGUUUGGUUAGUUUCUCCGGCAUUUGCAUAUGGCUUUUUCGAAGCAACAUUAACCUCAGAAAGGUUACCAAAGCCACUCAAACUGAUAACGCUAAUUCUGGGGUUAGCCACACCAAUUUUAUUCUCUGCAGGCAUAUUUAUUCGGCUUGCGGCCAUACUCAUAGGGGGUAUGGUUCGAUUUGAUAGGAAUCCUGGUGGUACUCCUGAAUGGCUGGGAGGUUUUGUGAUUGCUGCUUUUAUUGCUUCUCUUCUAUCUUUGACCUUGGUGUACCUUCUUUCAUAUGUCCAUCUUUCAGGUGCAAAAAAGGCUAUCAUCCUAGCUACCUUAAUGUUAUUUGCUUCAUCACUUGCAAUUGUAGUAUCGGGUGUCGUUCCUCCAUUUUCAGAAGACAUUGCUAGGGCUGUGAAUGUUGUACAUGUUGUUGAUGCCACAGGAAAACCCGAUGAAGGACAAAAUCCUAAAUCAUAUUUAUCUUUAUUUUCUACUACACCUGGAAAUUUGAACAAGGAAGUUGAACAGAUUAACGAAGGUUUUGUAUGUGGUAGAGACAAAACAGUUGAUUUUGUGACUUUCUCGGUCAAAUAUGGUUGUUGGGCCUAUAAUGACACCAAUAGUGGCUGGUCUGAGAUGGAUAUUCCUACAAUGCACGUCCUUAGUGAUGCUAAAGGAAAUGGAAGAAUAACAGAAGUUUCAAUUGAUACAAAGGGUUCUAUCCGUUGGGUUCUUGCAAUCAACACAGAAGAAAUAGAAGAUUUUGAGCUUAAAGAUGCAAGGGAUUCUGAAGAAUUGAUUUCAGUUGGCAAAAAGAAUGGUGUGGAUGGUUGGCAUAUUAUUCAGUUUUCUGGAGGAAAAAAGGCACCCAAGUUGUUUGAUCUGACUCUUCAUUGGAGGUCAGGUUCAACUCAUAACUCUGAUACUCCUAUUCUUAAGCUUAGAACUGAUGUGGACAAAUUAACACCAGUAACCGAACGAGUCCUUACGAAGCUUCCUCGUUGGUGUUCUUUGUUUGGAAAGUCUAUAUCUCCUUAUACCUUUGCUUUCUUGAGAAAUCUGUAUGUUAAUUUUUAGUUACUUGAAACUGUGACCUUUUAUAGAAUAAGUCUUAAAAUCUUCAUAUGGUAGGAGUACUGAUUCUAUUUUUGACAAUGAUGUGUUUAACAAGUUUGUCAGUAACUAAAUUUUAUCCCACUGCACUGCACUACUUGCUCUGCCCAUUUAUUUUAUGAAAAGUCUUAACAGUGCGCUCUAA